GAUAAGGCACCAAAAUAUCUGAAAGAAAAAACAAUUUCAUUUCAUCUCCCAUACAAAAGAUAAGUAGAAUCACUGUGCGUCCGAGUGUUUCUCAGUCACUCAGCCAUGGCAGCUAGUCUCUCGGCAGCUCCAGAUUUCCAUCUUCUAAAACCUCAUCAUCACUCCGACAAAAGAAACCCCAUCUUCUUUACAAGACACAAACUUUCCAACAAAAAAUUGCUGUCCAUUUCUUGCAACUCCAAAAAACCAUCUCAAAACCUUACCGAAGAGUCAAACACUUCAUCUUUAUCAGACCAACUCAAGCCCCUGUCUUCAACAACACUCUCGACAACUCCAAAACAAAACCUCGUAUCCAAACCACACUCUACUUGGGUUAAUCCUGCUAGACCUAAAAGGUCUGUUCUUUCACUUCAAAGACACAAGAGAUCUCCGUACUCUCUAAACCCUAAGGUUAAAGAGUUAAGGCUCUUUGCCCAGAAGUUGAAUGACUCUGAUUCUUCUGAAACUGCUUUUUUAUCCGUUCUUGAAGAAAUCCCUUAUCCCCCCACUAGAGAAAAUGCUCUCUUGAUACUUAAUUCAUUGAAGCCAUGGCAAAAAGCUUAUCUUUUCUUCAAUUGGAUCAAAACCAAGAAUUCUUUUCCUAUGGAGACUAUAUUUUACAAUGUUACUAUGAAGUCUUUGAGAUUUGGCAGGCAAUUUGAGCUCAUUGAGCAGCUUGCUAAUGAGAUGGUAAGUAAUAAUAUUGAGCUUGAUAACAUUACUUAUUCCACUAUUAUAACUUGUGCUAAGAGAUGUAAUUCGUUUGAUAAGGCUUUGGAGUGGUUUGAGAGAAUGUAUAAAACUGGGUUGAUGCCUGAUGAGGUUACUUAUUCUGCUAUUUUAGAUGUUUAUGCUAAGUUAGGUCGGGUUGAGGAGGUUUUGAGUUUGUAUGAGAGAGGGGUAGCUAGCGGGUGGAAACCCGACCCUGUUACGUUUUCUGUUUUAGCUAAGAUGUUUGGUGAGGCUGGUGAUUAUGAUGGUAUUAGGUAUGUUUUGCAAGAAAUGAAAUCUUUAGGUGUGCAGCCGAAUUUGGUUGUGUACAAUACGCUGUUGGAGGCGAUGGGGAAGGCGGGGAAACCGGGAUUGGCUCGGAGUUUGUUCGAUGAAAUGGUGGAAUCGGGAUUGACUCCCAAUGAGAAAACAUUGACUGCACUUGCUAAGAUUUAUGGUAAAGCUAGGUGGGCUAAGGAUGCGUUAGAUUUAUGGGAACGAAUGAGGUCGAAUAAGUGGCCGAUGGAUUUCAUUUUGUAUAAUACAUUGCUAAGCAUGUGUGCAGAUCUCGGUAUGGAAAAGGAGGCCGAGACAUUGUUUGAAGAUAUGAAGAGAUCAGAGCAGUGUAGGCCGGAUAUUUGGAGCUACACAGCAAUGUUAAAUAUAUAUGGUAGCGGCGGAAAUGCUACAAAGGCGAUGGAGUUGUUUGACGAGAUGUCUGAAUUAGGUGUCGCUAUUAAUGUGAUGGGAUGCACUUGUUUGAUUCAGUGCUUAGGUAAAGCAAAAAGAGUGGACGAUUUGGUUAGAGUUUUUAAGUUCGCAAUUGAGAGAGGGGUCAAUCCCGACGAUAGGCUUUGUGGUUGUUUAUUAUCAGUUGUCUCACUUUGUGAGGAGAGCCGAGAUGCAGACAAGGUACUUGCUUGUUUGCAAGAAGCCAAUCCAAAAUUGGUUGCUCUUUUGAAGUUGAUCGAAGAUGAAAAGAGUAGCUUCGAGUCUCUAAAGGAGGAAUUUAAGGCUAUCGUAACUGAAGCAGCAGUUGACGCACGAAGACCCUUUUGUAAUUGCUUGAUUGAUGUAUGCCGUAGUAGGAAUCUUCACGGGAGAGCACACGAGCUGCUCUAUCUAGGAACCCUUUAUGGAUUAUAUCCAGAUUUACACAACAAAACAGUAUACGAGUGGAGUUUAGAUGUUCGAUCAUUAUCAGUUGGCGCAGCCCAUACUGCACUCGAAGAAUGGAUGGGAACUUUAACCAGAUUUGUGCAACGCGACGAGGCAUUACCAGAGCUAUUUUCUGCUCAUACUGGUACUGGAACUCACAAGUUUUCUCAAGGACUAGCUAACGCCUUCGCUACACAUGUCGAAAAACUUGCUGCGCCGUUUACGCAGAGUGAAGAAAAAGCUGGUUGUUUUGUGGCAACGCGGGAGGACUUGGUAACUUGGGUUCAGUCAAGGACUCCAUCUCCUCUUACAGCUUAAAGUAGCUCUAACAACAGGUGCUUAAGAUUUCGAGCGUUGUAGUAUUAGUUUCGAGACGAGACAUAAACUGCGGAAAAUUGCAAUUUAUAAGAAUUUUGUGUUUUUGAGCAUAUCAUCUUAAUGCUUUUGGGUAGCUUAUAGCUUUUAAUCAAGAUCAAGUGAAUAAUAUUGUGUUUAUUACA